ACCCCGUCUGUAGUUCCGUGUGGAGCUGUGAGUACUGACCCCCGUCUGUAGUUCCGUGUGGAGCUGUGCUCUGGGUAGAGAUAUUCAGUUGAAGUACCACGCCACGUACCGUUAGCUUAAUGCGUUGACCUCUGUGGCGGAGGUCGUCUGUGGGGCUUCAGGGGUUCUGCGUGUGAUGACCUGUGGUUCUUCUUCAGGGGUUCUGCGUGUGAUGACCUGUGGUUCUUCUUCAGGGGUUCUGCGUGUGAUGACCUGUGGUUCUUCUUCAGGGGUUCUGCGUGUGAUGACCUGUGGUUCUUCUUCAGGGGUUCUGCGUGUGAUGACCUGUGGUUCUUCUUCAGGGGUUCUGCGUGUGAUGACCUGUGGUUCUUCUUCAGGGGUUUGUCUGAGCAAGUGGGAGUCGGACUACAACACCAUGGCCACCAACCACAACACCGACGGCUCCACCGAUUUCGGCAUCUUCCAGAUCAACAGCCGCUUCUGGUGCCGUGACGGCCAGCGGCCCUCGGCCAACGCCUGCGGCAUCCGCUGCAGCGAACUUCAGAGCGAUGACGUCACUGUGGCCAUCAGGUGUGCCAAGCGCGUCGUGAGGGACCCCAACGGCAUCGGGGCCUGGGUGGCCUGGAGGCGUCACUGUCAGAACCAGGAUGUGAGCUCCUACGUGUCAGGAUGUGGAGUGUAGGCGACCCGGGGACCGGACGAUGUCAUCGGUGAUGAUGUCAUCGCUUCUGGAGAGAUACCGAGGCCACGAAAGAAUGUUUUCUAAUCAAGACGAUACAGAUCUUCACUUUCAGCUCUUGAGUCAUUUAGAUAACGUCAAACCUCAAAUAAGAGAACAGAAACGUGGAGAUCCAUGCGGCUCUGGGACAGAUUAAAAUGUUGAUUCCUGAAACUGUUAAGAAUAUAAAAAUACAUACAUAGUCCCCCAUGCCCCUCACUUUGCAUUAAGGCCCCGAAGCACCAAACCUUGUGUCCUUCUAUGGCAUUCGGGCUCUGACCAGAGAGAACAGCUCAUACUCAUGCUCACCCACAUGUUUUGGAACAUACUGACACUGCUGGAUAAGAAGCACAGAUACUGUAGGAACAAACACUUCUUGACCUCGGCCAGAAGAUGACACAUCCACACAGGGAAGAUAAUCAGGAACUCUGUGCAACCCUUGGCUCUGACCUCAUCCUGACUGCUCAGUCGUAGAAUUGAGAUUUAAAUAAGAGCCGUAGCUGUCACCGUCAAAGAAUUUGUUUCUGAAAGCAACAGAUAGUUUCAAUGCCUUUUAGUUACUAUUAUAUUAAAGAAACUACACAGCUCCUGCUUUAGAUGGAGAACAACACACACACUGAUUAUGAUGAUGGCGAGAAGAUCGUGAGCCAAGAGGGUGGGACCACCCUGAGCUCCAUCAGAAGGUGUUCAAAGUCUAAACCAGGAACACCUCCAUCUGUUUUAACCAACCAGUGCUGCUGUCGUGAGCCAAGAGGGUGGGACCACCCUGAGCUCCAACGAUGAGACGGACAAAGAUUAAACCGAGUGACGUCUCCAUCUAUAUGAUCUAAUCACGCUGCUCUUAAAGAUAUAAAGAGUCAUGUUCUCCUGGAGAACUCCAGUCUGUUACUGAACGAUGCUUUGAGCUGACUCCAUCAGGCCCGUGCUGCACGUUAAAUGUUUUGUGUCUUUGAGACUUUUGUUCUACCACACUUAAUUAAAUCCACUUUGUUUUGAAUUUUA